CAAAUAUAGCGGACGAGGCUCUCGUGUGUGUGCGUGUGUUUGUGUGUCCACCGGAGACACUUUGAUAAAACAAAAACUAUCCUUAUUCACAGAGACACACGGAGGGCAGAGGGCAAGCCAUGCCAAGCUGUUACUGGAGUAACAGAUCUGACAUUGGGACUAUAUGCUGAGGAUUGUCUGGUAAACCUUUAACUACCUGGAGCCUACUGAUAUUCUUCUUCGGCUUUUAUUGGAAGACGUUUUGGCAAUGGGGAGGAAGAAGAUCCAGAUCACCCGGAUCGUAGAUGAGAGGAACCGUCAGGUGACGUUCAUGAAGAGGAAGUUUGGUCUGAUGAAGAAGGCCUAUGAGCUGAGCGUCCUGUGUGACUGUGAAAUUGCCCUAAUCAUCUUCAACAGCUCCAACAAGCUGUUUCAGUAUGCCAGCACCGACAUGGACAAGGUCCUACUGAAAUACACAGAGUACAACGAACCCCAUGAGAGCAGAACCAACUCUGACAUUGUAGAGGCCCUGAACAAGAAGGAGCACAGAGGCUGUGACAGCCCUGACGCUGAUGCCUCCUACGUCCUCACCCCUAAUACUGAGGAGAAAUACAAGAAGAUUAAUGAGGAAUUUGACAACAUGAUGAAAAGUCAUAAAAUUUCCACAGCCCUUCCACAGCAGAACUACAUGCAUGUAACACCAGGCAGCAUGUCGUACAGCCCCGGUGCGGGAGGGGGAGGAGGAGGGGGAGGUGUGACUUCCCAAGCUCUAGCUGCAGCCACAGCAGCUCUGGCUGACAGCGGGAUCCUCUCCUCACAUCACACACACCUCCACAGAAACUCUCCACAAAGACCUCCCAGCACUGGAAACACAGGUGGCCUGCAGGGCAGUUCUGAUCUGGCUCUGCAGAAUGGAUCUGGACCAGUUGUGAAUGGCUUUGUGGGCUCACAAACUGGAAGCGGUUUGGGGAAGAUCAUACCACCAAAAUCUCCUCCUCCUCCUCUUCCACCUCCUGGGAACAGCCUGGUCCCUACAAGCCGGAAGUCUGACCUCCGAGUGGUCGUCCCCCAGUCCAAAGGAAUGAUGCAAGCACUGAGCAAUCAGAGGCUGAGCAGCAGUCAGUCCAACCAGCCUCUGUCCACCCCAGUGGUCUCCAUCACCACACCCAGUCUGCCUCACCAAAGCCUGGUCUACUCCGGCAUCAGCUCUGCCUACAACAACGAUUAUUCCCUGAGCAGUGCGGAGCUGUCAGGCUUCGGCUCUCCUGCAGGCCCGUCUCUGGGCUCCAUGGCAGCAUGGCAGCAACACCAGCUGGGCUCACUGGGGCCGGGGAGCUCCAAUCUCUCCAUCAACACCAACCACAACAUCAACAUCAAAGCCGAGCCCAUCUCCCCACCCCGUGACCACCUCAGCCAGUCUGCGUACAUGGUCCAGGCUCACGCUCCUCCUCAUCCUCACCCCUCCAAUUCAUCAUCCACCCGAGCAGAGAUGGGGAGGUCUCCUGCAGACAGCGUCAGCUCCUCCUGCAGCUCCCACGAGGGAGGCAGUGACCGAGAGGAGCAGCAGCGGCUGGACUUCCACUCGCUCCCUGUGAGUCGGUCAGAGGGCAGGGAGAGUCCGACGGUCAAACGAAUGCGAAUGGACAGCUGGGUGACAUAGAGCCUGCAGUCACAUGACGACACAACACCAGGGCAAACACAGGAAGGACACUGUUAUGCAAAUGAAAUGUAGAUUUUAUUGAUGUUUUCUGUUAUUUUUCAUUAAGUUAUCUUUGUUUGUUUUUUUGGUAAUAUUUUUAAGAAGGAAUAAGCAAUGUUGGCUUGGAAAUUGUUGAUCUGUCAGAAACAUCUCAUCAAUGUUCAGAAAUCUUCAGUGGUACACAAACAUUAAGAUGCCGUCCUUUUGAAAUAUGUAUCAUUUUAAGUGUCACAGACUGAAAAUAUGGGUCCAAUUGCAGUACAAUCUGUCAUUUUCUUAUCCAGUGGGAUGCAGUACUGUACACAGAAGAAUGAAAAAGGUGAUUUUGGCGGGGAAGUGGUUAUGGAUGUCUCCCACUGGGUGUCACCCAAUUCAUUUCUGAUCUUCUCAGGGUUCGAAACGUUGAGUCCAGCAUGAAAGCAAUACUCCCUCCACAUCAUCAUCCCUGUAACUUCUCUUUUCAAAAACACUUAUUUAUAUAUCAGCCAAAGCAGUAUGCUGUUUUUAUGUUGUUUGUGAGUGUUUUUAUAUUGUGCACAGACUAAAAAACUAUAUUUCAUUCAGAUUUAAAACUAAAAGCCAUGGACACUUGCUCCGUAUGUACUACCGGAAUUUGUCUUUAUCGUUUUGUAUAUAGUGUCUGUAAUAUAUCUCACUUUUUGGUGUAGCUGUAUAUUGUUAAUCUGUCUGUCGUAUCUGCCCGGGUGAAAUAUGACACCUCCACCACAUUUUACAAAAGUAUAUUUUUGUGGAUGAUUGCCAUAUUUUCAAGGCAUUGUCCUUUCCUAUCUCAUCAAGUAUCGGAUGUGUUGGAUAAAUCUGUUUUGUGAAGUAUGCCAUGCUGCACUCUCUUGAAACCAUGUCUCCAAAACAUAGCGGUAAAAGUUAAUGCACUCUAAAAAACAAUUUAUAAUGAAUU